UACUAGGCUUAUCUGAAGCCGGCGUAGUUGGCCGGUCGGCGCUCAUUCGAGUGUGCACAGCCGCCGCCGUCGCUGGCUCGCGCUCCGCUCCUCACGCAAUCCGCGUCCGCGUGCGUCCGCAUUGUUUACAUACAACGCCGCGCCGGCAUGACCACUGCCCCCCGCGGACCAAUCGUUUUAAAUCGAUAAACCAACUCAACACUUAUCGAGUAAACAUGUGGUUAAUUGCUAUACUAUUAGGUAUCAUAUUGACCCUCAUAUUUUUAUUGACAUUCUUCCAUUAUACGACUAAUGGACGGAAAUACUGGCUCAACAAAAAUGUACCUUAUAGGGAACCAUGCCCUAUAUUUGGCAAUUUUGGACCUACCUUUAUUAUGAGAAGGAGUUAUGUGAAUAUGUUACAAUAUUUCUACGAUAACUAUCACGAUAAGAAGUAUGUUGGACUAUUUCAAGCUCGCAGACCGACACUGAUGGUGAUCGAUUUGGAUUUGACCAAAAAUGUAAUGUCUUCAGAGUUUCACAACUUCAGCGACCGCGUUUCUGUAUCCACAGACACCCAAAGGGAACCCUUGCUUCGUAAUUUAGCCAAUAUGAGUGGCGCAGAAUGGAAAGCUAUGCGACAAAUCGUGACGCCCACCUUCUCAUCGGCGAAAAUGAAGGCAAUGUUUCCAUUGAUAGCAGAUUGUGCGUCGAUGUUGAAAAACGUACUCCUAAAUGAUGUGACAGAUGAAGUAGACGUUCCUAAACUCAUGACUCGGUAUACCACCGAUGUCAUUGGUAGCUGUGCCUUCGGCUUCAACCCGGAAUCAUUGAAAGACCCCGAUUCCCCAUUUCUAAAAAUGGCUGGCAAAAUGUUCAAGACCGAUCGUGCUACAAUAUUGAAACGAUAUUGCCGUACAUUCUUCCCAAGACUGUUUAAGUUUUUGAAUUUGAGAUCAUACUCUUCCGACGUGGAGACCUUUUUUACUGGCAUUAUUAAUCAAGUCCUGUCAGAACGACGAAAAACUGGCGCUCAAAGACACGAUUUUCUCCAGCUGAUGUUGAACGUGCAGAAGUCCGAAAAUGGGUUUCCGAUGACAGAAGCGCUGAUAACAUCCAAUUCGUUUAUAUUCAUGUUGGCUGGUUUGGAAACAUCAUCUACUACUUUAUCGUUUUGCUUGUAUGAGUUAGCUCGAGCAACGGAACUUCAGAACAGUAUAAGAGAAGAAAUCUUGGAGUGUAUGGAACGUUACGGAGGAUUGACUUACGAAGCUGUCGGCGCUAUGAAGCUGACUACACAGACUAUAUUGGAGACGCUGCGGCUUCACCCUCCGACUCCGUUAACGACACGGCUGUGUACUUCACCGUGUGUACUCCCUGAUACUGAAUUGAAGGUCAAAGCGAGAGAUCCUGUUCUCAUCCCUAUUCAUUGCAUCCAGCGGGAUGCUGAACAUUUCCCGUAUCCGGAUAAGUUUGAUCCUGACCGCUUCAAAGAUGACUUGAGUCCCCCAGGAUUUAUUGCCUUUGGUUAUGGACCGAGGAGCUGCCCGGGUGCCCGUUUUGCGCAGCUGACGACGUUGGCGGGCCUGGCGGCUAUCUUGACCGCGUUUGCCGUUGAGCCCUGCGCGCGCACCACCACGCGCAUAGUGUAUGACCCCCGAAGUGUCAUGCUCAAAAACAAGGGCGGUAUAUUCCUCAAAUUCACACCGCUCUUACCAGACAAAUAAUGUAUACCUCACACUUUUAUCUAGAUUAAUGAUAUUGCUAUUAGUGGUCUCAUUGUAUAUUAUCGCCAUAUCGGAUAAUUGAAUUUUUGUACUUAAGAUUGAUUUUACGAAUCAUUUAUGUUUAUCGUCAUUCAUGGAAUUAUUUUCAAUAUUGGAAGAAAUAGGCCCUAUUCUUGUAGAUAUUAAAUUAGUAAAAACUUGCAUGUAUAAUGGUGUUUUAGAACUCAUUAAUAAACAAUUGAAAUUGAAAUAAAUAAUUUAUCAAUUUUGUAUAGAUGCUUUGUUAAGAUCAUAUCGGUCCAUCGCCUAUUGAUAUUUAUGGCUCAGUAAUGUUUAUCACUCCGAAAUGGUUACUGACGUCUGUUAUCUUAUUUGGGAUACAUGUAUGCAUGUGCAUACGCAGAUCAGAUAAAUAAUUUUAUUACGUUAUUCUGAUGUCGAAAAAAAGUCGAGUCUUCAAUAAUGCGUUAGAGAUAUUAAUUUUGAAGUUAGUUUCUGCUUCUUAAAUAAAAUAUUUAUUGUAGUAUUUGACAAUUUGGAAACAUUCAUUUGGCAUGGGUGUGUCAACAUCUAAUUACUUGGGUUUUACCACAUUAACUAUAUGUAGUAGAUAAAAAACUAGAUUUUCCUUUAACUUCAUCGAAUCAUUUUAUAUGAAAUAAUAUACAUCUUACAAAUAAGUUACUUAGUUGACUAAUGGAUUUCAAGUACCUAUAUUACAAGGUCUUGUAAUUUUGAUACUGAAUUUUAUUAUUUAAAAUGUAUCUAUCUGACAUAGAAAACUAGAUUUUCCUUUAACUUUAUCGAAUCAUCAUUAUCAUUGCUUAGUUACUAAUGGAUUUCAAAAACCUAUAUUACAUGGUCUUGUAAUUUAGAUACAGAUUUUUAAGCAUUCAUUGAUGUUAUGACGGUCAAUAUAAAUAUACUUAACCAAAGUUUUUGUGCAUUGAUCAUCACAUUUACAUUCCCGUUUCUCAUAAUUUGU